AUGCCAGUCCCAAAAAUCCCUCUUGCAAGAAAUCUCAAUAUUGCUUUGAUUCAAUUGAUCGCUGGUGCAGACAAAGCAGCCAAUUUAUCGAAAGUGACUCAAUUCAUUGACUCGGCAAUCACAAAGUCAAAGAUUGGCAAAAUAGAUGUCGUCAUGUUGCCGGAAUGCUUCAAUUCACCCUACGCGGUCGACAAAUUCCGUGAAUAUGCUGAGGAAAUUCCAAAUGGAGAGACUAGUAGACUCUUGUCGGAGUUGGCUAGCAAACAUGACGUCUUUAUCGUGGGUGGAUCUAUUCCUGAGCAUGACACUCUGAACGACAAAAUCUUCAACACGUCUUUGACAUUCAAUCCGCUGGGGCAAAUUAUCGCGAAGCACAGAAAGACUCAUUUAUUCGAUAUAGAUAUACCAAAUGGCAUUACUUUUAAGGAGUCCGAGACCUUGAGCGCAGGUGACAAAGCAACUGUCUUCAAACUAGGAGACUUUGGAAAUGUUGGUCUAGGUAUUUGCUACGAUAUCCGUUUCCCCGAAUUGGCAAUGGCCGCCUCAAGAGCUCCUAAUAAUUCAUUUGCGAUGUUCUACCCAGGUGCAUUCAACACAACUACUGGGCCAUUGCAUUGGCACUUGCUUGCUAAAGCCAGAGCAGUAGACAACGAAAUUUUCACCGUUUUGUGCUCGCCUGGUCGCGACGUGGGUGGAUCAGGGUACCAGGCCUAUGGGCAUUCUCUUGUUGUGGAUCCAUAUGGUAAAGUCAUUGCUGAGGCUGGAGAAGGAGAAGAGAUUUUAUAUGCUCAGCUAGACAAAGAAAUUUUACCCGCAGCCCGUUCUGGCAUUCCCGUUCAUUAUCAAAGAAGAUUUGAUGUCUAUGAAGAUGUCACACCUACUACUAAAGUAAGCGACCUUUGA